UUGUUGUUGUUGUGACUAUUUUUUUAGUGUUGAGAAUGUGCAUUGUUGGAAACAAGAAGAAGGGAAACAGAUCAUUGAAGGAAAUAGGAACUUUUAUGAUGACUACAUGUUUCAUUGCUAAUUACCAAUCCGUUCUAGUUUGCCAGGCAGAAUAUUUCAGACAGUUACUUAAGCCUGUAACGUAGUCUGGUUUCUGGAGUUUCCGUUAAUUGGGCGUCUGUCUUUUGAUUACUGUGAGAUAUUUAAUAAGAGUUUGGUAUUC